AAAGAGUGUUUCCAAUUUGGCGUCGACAAUACCGUCGUGCAAUGCGGCUUCUCCUUGGCCUGCGACUGUCAGAACGCCAAACUGGCCAGCCUGGUCAACGCCUGUCUGAUCUCCUCGCCUCCCUGCGAUUCGAAUCCAACCCACAAUGCGGUCGCGAACUAUGGCAACACCAUUUUCUGUAAUGCAUCCAACCCGGACAGCGCGACAUAUGAGCUCGUAGAAGGGACUUACUCGCUGACACUGGCUCUGUACUCUCAGACAGGGAGUCAAUCAAGUCCAGUCUCUAUCCAGGUGAGAUCAAGU